AUGCUUUUAGGUGUACAGACACCUCACACUAGCAGCAACGGCUCCCAACGUUUAACAGCCCAGAAACCAGCAGCAGCAGCAGAAGCAGCAGCAGUAGAAGCAGCAGCAGCAGCAGCAGCAGUGCUAUUGGAGGCAGCCGUAGCGACACCAGUGGUAGCAGUCGCCCCAGCAGCAGUGGCAGCACCAAUAGCAGCAGCAGCAGCGACCGCAGCAAUAGUAGCAGACAUAGUAGCAGCGGCAGGAGAAACGGCAGGAGCAGCAACGGCAGCCCCAGCAGCAGCAGCAAUAGCAGCAGCAGCAGUAGCAAUAGCAGCAGCAGCAGCAAGCGAAGAACUACUCGCUUGCCUUGUUUCUUUAGAUUCCGCAGCAGCAGCAGCUGCUGCUGCUGUAGCUGCAGCAGCAGCAGCGGCAGCACCCAGCGCAGCAGAAGCAACAGAGCGCCCACUAGCAGACCAGAGGGGAGUAAGUGACAUCGCGCUGCAUGCAGCAUCUUCUCGUUUGCUGCUGCCUCCGAAAGAAGCAAGCAACCUUCCCCUGCAUACCGAGCAGCAGCAGCAGAAGCAGCAGCAGCAGCAGCAGUGGCGGCAGCUGAGUCUUGAGGCCCUAUGA